UACAUUCUACCAAGGUUUAGACUCGAACAUCAUCACCCUAUCGUACUUGGAAGGGAGAAGGAUAUGUAUUCAAAUGCCAGGGGGAUACUGGCUCGCCAAGCUGUCCAGAGAUAUAAGAAACAAUCGGAUAUCCUGCCUACAGCCUUUCUGAUAGCGACCCGUGCAUCAUUAUAUCCUCAAAGUCAGAAUCGGAUAAUACCUGAUUAUAGAUAUGCUGGUUUUCAUAAUACAGCAAGAUACAAUGAAUCAAUAAAGAGGAAACGCCUUCAUCGAAGUAAGUCAAUCACAAGCGCCCAGGAGAUAAGAUCAAGAAGAAGGCGGAAAGGAUUAGCAGGUCAAUUAACCAAAGCUAUCGAAGAGCAGACUGAAAAUGCAAGAAAAGCGAAAGAGAGAUCGAUCAAAAGCAAAGGGGAUUCCUCAAAAGUAGAACAAGCAAGCGAUGAAAAAGGUAAAUCUUUAUGGUCAAGAGUUCUUUCUGCAUUGCGGACCGGAAGUGAACCGGCGAAAGAGCAAGAUGAUGAGCAGCCGCCCAAAGAAACACGGAAGAAAUCCAAGCGUGAGGCCAUGAAAGGUAAGAGGUCAGGCUUGAAGAAACUUGUCAAGGAAGCCAUUUCAAGUACAAAUCCUGAAUUCUUGAACGAGAAGAAGCCGCAAAGUACAAAGUACCUUUAUCCUGAUCUUAAGGUGCCCGAAUCAAACAAGGAGAAGUACAGCCAGCAAAGCGUAUCGAGCAAUUCGAAAGAAGCCAGUCACUUUCAGGAAAUUCGACAAUCUAAAGGAGCUGAACACUCGAAGCAGAACAGCGAUUCAAGUCAGCAUGCUCAACCCGCAGAGAAACGUCCGCCAAAGUCUAUUCGUGACGGGGAUGAUAAAAAUUACCGACCGACGACCCUUCUGACAGGUGAUGCAAUGGAGAAGGCUAGAAUCGUACGACCCAACGAAAAAGCGAUGGAAGUAGGCGAUAGAAAUAUUGGGGAUUACCUUCCUUCUGAACAUAUUCCUUCGGUAGGCUCGCCACAAUACGAUCAGUGGCACGAAGAAGCGAAAUGGACGACACCCAUUGGUGGUAUUAUAUCUUCGAAAGAAAUAGGGAUCGAAGAAGUUGAGCCUCUGAGAAAGAUGGAUGUGGCUACACUGUCACAUGGUCUGGAUAGGGUCUUGUUCAAUCCGGGUAUUCACUGGCUGCGUGAUGAAAGGAGUGGAAUAUACAACUUUGACCCAGAAAUCCGUAAUCUAUACGACGUGGAUCUGUUCGAUUAUUCAGCAUUACCGCCUUAUCUCACAUCCAGUAUAGACGAAGAGCUAGCAAAGUUGACACAAAAGCAUGCAAAACGAUAUUCGGGCAGUACAAGUAGCUUGACAGCAUUAUUGAGUCACGUCUACUUUUGCAUCUCAUCUUGGAAGCAUCCUCCUUUGACAGGAUUCACAGAAGGUUUCCAACAUUUACCCAAAGGCUUCAGCUUUGGUGCAACGCUACCGGCCGCCUCACUUUUGCGUAGGUUUGAGGAUGAAGCAUUGGACGGAAGUCAAGAGAAAAGCGUACGCUAUGCCGUGGACAAUGAUAAAUCAGAAGGUGGAAAGGAGAAUAAUAAUUACGUCUUGACACAGUUGGGUAAAAGUGUGGAAAAGCUACUGACAAGUGAUACUGAAGAAUACGAAAAGUACUUGCGAAUCAACAGUCAUAAAUUGUCGGAAGAGGAGAAGACGAAAAAGGAGGCAUAUUACUACUCAAAGACCGACAAGUUUAUGAUGCGAUCGCAAUUGGACUGUAGCGAUGAUCGGCUACCAAGAAGGACAUUUGAUCUUAAAACACGUGCAGUGAUUGCUGUUCGACAGGAUAGAGCAAAUUGGGUAGAAUCAUCAGGUUACAUGAUCAGACAUAACACUGGCGUUCAAGAAAGCUUUGAACGUGAAUUGUGGGAUAUGUCUCGGGGCACAUUACUUAAAUAUUACUUCCAAGCACGCAUUGGUAAUAUGGACGGUAUCAUGGUGGCUUAUCAUAGCACAUCUACCAUGUUUGGAUUCCAAUACCUCUCUCGCGAAGAACUAGCUCAGAGAUUAUUUUCCAGUGAAGAGAUGGCCGAACAGGCGUUCCGCUUGUCGAUUGGAAUGUUGGAAAAAGUUCUGGAUGCAGCAACUUCCUAUUUCCCUGAUGACACACUUAAGAUCACAAUGGACGCUCAAAAUGAUCCUUUGGGAAGAGAAGAAUCGCAUUUAUUGGUCUUCGUCACGCCGGAAAGCGGUGAGCAAAGUGAAUCGACCGAAGGAGAAAAGAAAAUGGGAAAUAGCAAAACCCUUCUACUUGAAGUUCACGUUGAUCGAUACCUUUCAGGCGCUUUGGUUCAUGGUCCCGUCAAUUUCUCUCAGCCAAAAGGGUAUAGCAUCGAUGUGAGCCGAGAAGAUGAGAUUGCACGAAGGGAAAGGUUGGAACUGCCUCCAUUGGAGUGGAAGGUAGAAUAUCGCAUUACGCCACGUUCAGAAUUAACAGAGGAAGAAACUGAAGCAAAACUACAGAAGGUUCGAAAACGUCAAACCAAUCUUGCAGCGCUUUUGUUGCCGAACGUCGAAGCAUUGAAUGAACGGGAGCGAGAACGUGAAUUGCAGCUAUCCAAAAAUCCUGAAGCAUUGGAGAAAUUUUUGGAAGAUCGAAGAACUGGAAAAGCGGCUGGAAUGCCGCCUGCACCGGGUCAGGUUGUUUUGGGAGUAACGGAUGAUGUUAGUUCGCAAGAAGCAGAAGCUGUUCGCAUGUUAGAAGAGCAAGAAGUUGAAGAAAGUCAAAGUGAAUCAGCAACUGACGAACAAAUUCAUUUAGCAAGCGUUGAUAAUGGUGAUGAUGUAACAGCUCGUGCUGAUAUUCCCGAAAGACCAAUCGCACAAGACAAGGGAUCUCAACAGAAAUGGGUUAGAGAAACAAAACGGGUCAAGAGGCUAAGAAGAUUGGCAAGAUUAGGACAGCAAGAUAAAGAUGAAAGAGAAAAGACGGAUAAGUUGGAGUUGUACGAGAGGCGAGGAUAGAAAGGGUUGUGUUUUAUUGUACUUUAUACACCAUUCAUACAAGUUUAAUUAACAUCAUUG